GCCGCUGGAUGGCGCACGCGGGCUGGUCAGAGCCAUGUGGAGCCGGUGGAGCCCGUGGACUGCACUGCUCCACUGACUCUGAAGUUUGCAGAGAGAAACGCGCUCGGGCAGAGGUAGAGACGGGAGAGUGGAACAGCCGAGGAGACACAAACGUGGAAAAACCUCUGACACUUUUACGCACGGGGACAAACCUCUGACACUUUUACGCACGGGGACUAUCCGGGACACCUGACAAAAAACACAGAUCCAGAGUGACCUUUCGCGCUGCUCUGAGCGUCUGGAAGCGGUGCGUUCGUGUGGAGAGCUGCUCUGGUCUCGCGUUGAGCUGGUGGAUGUUUAGGAGCGAGUGAAGGUGGAAGCGCACAGCCGGAGGAAUGGACCCAGCUCGGACAGAGACGAGCCCGUGUGGGUGGAGGAGGCGCCCGGGCGGUGUGCUGUGGCUCGCCCUGCUCCUGCUGUGUGCCCGGGACUUACGCGCGUCUGCGUCUGAUUUGCCCCAAGACCACAGUGUGCUCGCCGCUGCUUCAUGGAACACCUCCAGUGAUGGGCCUUAUUUCAUCCGUUUAGAAGCUCCAAUGAACAACAUAACCACAUCUCUGGGCCACACCGCUGAGCUGUUCUGUCGAGUAUCUGGCAACCCGCCUCCCACAGUAAGAUGGCUGAAGAACGACGCUCCGGUCGUACAGGAGCCGCGCCGCGUGUCGUAUCGCUCCAUGCAGUACGGGUCCAGACUGCGGAUACGGAAUCUGGACACUACGGACACGGGAUAUUUCCAGUGUGUGGCAACCAACUCCCACGGAACAGUGUCCACCACCGGCGUGCUCUUCGUCAAGUUCGAUCCUCUGCCCACACCUCUGCCAGGCCGUCCCACUGAUGAUUUUGACGAGGAGGGAUUCUGUCAGCCGUACCGAGGCAUCGCUUGCGCCCGUUUUAUCGGCAACCGCAGCAUCUAUGUGGACUCUCUACAGAUGCAGGGCGAGAUCGAGACCCAGAUCACAGCCGCCUUCACGAUGAUCGGCACCUCCAACCACUUAUCCGACCGCUGUUCCCAGUUUGCGAUCCCCUCCCUCUGCCACUUCGCCUUCCCCACGUGUGACCGCAGCUCGGGGUCAGACAAACCUCGUGACCUUUGUAAAGACGAGUGCGAGAUCCUGGAGAACGAUCUGUGUAAAACCGAGUACAUCAUCGCCCGCUCUAACCCCAUCAUCCUCAAGAGACUCAAACUUCCCAACUGUGACGACCUGGCCGCCGCCCACAGCCCCGAGGCCGCCAACUGCCUGAGGAUUGGCAUCCCCAUGGCAGAACCCAUCAACAAGAAUCACAAAUGUUACAACAGCAGUGGGGCAGACUACCGCGGCACAGUGAGCGUGACCAAGUCGGGACGGCAGUGCCAGCCCUGGAACUCCCAGUACCCCCACACACACACCUACCUCGCCGUCCGAUACCCAGAGCUCAACGGAGGCCACUCCUACUGCCGUAACCCCGGCAACAAGCACGACGCCCCCUGGUGUUUCACUCUGGACGAGCGCGUUCGCAUGGAGCUCUGUGACAUCCCCAUCUGUGAUCAUAAGGAGAAGUCCAGUGGUGGCAGUAUGGAGAUUCUUUGGAUCCUGAUUCCGAGUGUUGCGAUCCCAUUGGCCAUUGCCCUGCUGUUCUUCUUCAUCUGCGUUUGUCGGAACAACCAGAAGAGCGCGAGGCCGCCUCCCCCUCGCCAACCCAAACCAGUGCGCGGUCAGAACGUGGAGAUGACCAUGCUGACCACACAGUUCAAGCCAAAAAGUAAAGUGAAGGAGCUGCCUCUGUCUGCCGUGCGCUUCAUGGAGGAGCUGGGGGACUGUCCUCUGGGGAAAGUCUACAAAGGUCACCUGUAUCUGCCGGGCAUGGACCAGGCUCAGCUCGUGGCCAUCAAGACCCUCAAAGACGUGUCCAACGUGCAGCAGUGGGGAGAGUUUCAGAAGGAGGCGUCUGUGCUGAUGGAGCUGCAGCACCCGAACAUGGUGUGUCUGCUGGGGGUGGUGACGCAGGAGCAGCCUGUGUGUAUGCUCUUUGAGUUCCUGCCUCAGGGGGACCUCCACGAGUUCCUCAUCAUGCGCUCGCCGCACUCUGACGUGGGCUGCAGCAGCGACGAGGACGGAACUGUCAAGUCCAGCCUAGACCACGGAGACUUCUUACAUAUGGCCUCACAGGUGGCUGCUGGGAUGGAGUACCUGUCCAGUCACUCCUUUGUGCAUAAGGACCUUGCAGCUCGAAACAUCCUGGUUGGAGAACAACUCCAUGUGAAGAUCUCAGAUUUGGGUCUGUCCAGAGAGAUUUACUCGUCUGACUACUACCUCCUCCAGCCCAAGACCCUGCUGCCCAUCCGCUGGAUGCCCCCCGAGGCCAUCGCCUACGGAAAGUUCACCACCGAGUCAGACAUCUGGUCCUUUGGGGUGGUGCUCUGGGAGGUCUUCAGUUAUGGCCUGCAACCGUACUACGGCUUCUCCAACCAGGAAGUGAUGGAGAUGGUGAGGAAGAGGCAGCUGCUGCCCUGUCCAGAGGACUGUCCUCCCAGGUUUUACACUCUGAUGACCGAGUGCUGGCAGGAGGGACCAGCUCGGCGGCCUCGCUUUAAGGAUAUCCACGCUCGCCUCAGAGCCUGGGAGGGCCUGUCCUCUCAUGCGAGCUCCAGCACGCCCUCUGGUGGAGGGGGGAAUGCCACCACACAGACCACCUCUUUGAGCGCCAGCCCUGUGAGUAACCUCAGUAACCCCCGGUACGCCGCCGCUCCGGGGCCUUACUUGUACCCGGCUCAGGCCCUGCCUGCCCCGGGGCAGAUGGCUCCUCUUCAGGCCUGGACUCCGAUGGCAGUGCCUCAAACGCACCAACGCUUCAUCCCCGUAAACGGAUACCCCAUCCCCCCAGGGUACGCGGCCUUUCCUGCCCACUUCGCCCCCCCGGCCCCCCCCAGAGUGAUCCAGCACCACCUGCCCCCACCCAAGAGCCGCUCACCCAGCAGCGCCAGCGGCUCCACCAGCACGGGCCACGUGAGCGGGGUCCCCUCCACCACAGGCUCCAACCAUGACGCCAACACCCCCCUCCUCUCCCACUGCAUCAUGCCGGGCAGCGGGGGGCCACCACAAAUGUACGGACAAGUAUCCCAGAAGGCCGUGGGGCAGUUGGACCAUACACAGACAUCUGCCCUCCUGUCCGGAGACUCUGACAUAAUCAUGUACAACGACAAUGUGAUCACAGCCGACCUGUAGAGGGCGACAGAGGGAGGACUCAUUUUAACUCUGGGACCAGCACAGACACAGAGACUCACUGGGUCUGGACGUUUAACCUCUGUAAAUAUGAACGGCUCCUAUGAUCUCAUGAAUGGAAUGCAUAAUUCUAUAUUCAAAAGAAUGUUUUAUUGUAUGAAAUGUAUCUUUGAUAAUCCCUCGUUUCCCCCGUGUCCCGUCUGAUCUACGACCCACAGUUCGUUAAAGCUUUUCUUAUGCAGGGUUACGUAACGCUACAGCAGGUGCAACUCUAACUCAUUUAUCUUAUUUGUUUUUGGACCUGACACCUGAAUGUUCUGGAUCUUUACAGACUCAGAGUGACACAGAGCUGAGGUUGGUGGUUCUAUUCCCAGAUGCAUAUGCCUGUGUUUGUCCAUGUGUCUGUCCUUUGUGUGAUGAAUGCCAUUGUCACAUCCUCCAGCCUCACGGCCCUGACUCCACCUGCCGCCAUUUUCCUGGUUUGUUCACAAAAGAAUGUCAUUGUAUUUCAAACGUUUUCAAAAGGCCUUUCGCCGUAUGAAUUUUGAAGGAUUUUAAUUCACAUUUUAUUGUGUCUUUCUGCCCCUGUGAAAAAACAGCAUUCAACAUGUACUACCUAAAUUAGCUUAUUUUGUAAAAUUGUAUGCUUAGGAUUUAUUCUGUUUUUAAAAGAACUUUUAAAAUGUAUUUAAUUUAUUUUUUUUGCCCACUUAGGCUCCAUCAGCUCGGCUCCAAUUCACUUUCUGUGUAAAAACUGUGCCCCCUCUCUCUGUAUCUGCUGCAGAUUCGUCAUUUUGGUCUUAAAUGUUCAUAUUAACCCGCUCUACAUCAUCCUGGGUUUCACUAUUGUCUCUAAAUCAAGAUAUGAACAUUAAUAACAGACAAAUCAGGUGCCUUCUUUCCCCGUUAGAGUUAACAACAGGUUUGAUUGACAGCAUUGCUAAGCGCUCCCUGCUAAAUCAGCGGUGCAGGCGGGACGAGGCGUUACUUUCAGCAGCCUCGCUCCGGAUUGGCUCUUUGGUUGCUAUGAUACUCACAGUUGGAAUUCCUCAAAUGUAACUUGGCUCCAAAUUGGCCUCUAUAACUUCUAGCCUUGAUGAGCUUAAUUUGGAGCUGAACGCUGUGGGUGACGUCACACUCACUUCGUCCACGUCUUCAUACAGUCUGUGGUCAGUCUGUGGUCACCUUCUAAAUGUGCCUUACCUGCCUUAUGUUCUUUAUGUUUAAACAUUAGUUUUAUUGAGUUGAUAAAAGACACAUUGUUCAGGUUUAUUUUGUGAUGAAAUAAAACGUCCCAUUCGUCUCAUUGAGGAGAAAUUAUAAACGUUUAUGUUCCCAACACGAGUCUAAAUACUGUAAACCGUACAGUAGAGUCAUGUGUGAUUUGAAAUGUUUCCUAUUUUUAGGGGUUAAUACCAGUUUAAAGCUCAUCUGAUGCUCCUCUGCUUUAUGUCAGAACAUGUCUUUAUUGAAUCAGUUUUGCUCUUUGUUUCAUCUGAAGCGGUCCGAGCGGCCCGCAGACCACGUCGGAACGAUCCCAGUGGCCCGUAGACCAUGACCUGUAAACAGUGAUGAGCCCCCUUCAUGAAAAGAACGAAUGUGUGAGAACCACUUGGACCUGAGGCUGUGAAACUAAAAUAAUACACUUUAGUUUUUCCUGUUUGUCAGACGAUAAAGGGCAGAGCUGUGUUAGCUAAAGUAAUGUAACACAAAAGUACCGGUACUCGAGUAGUGACCUGGUGAGGCCCUGUCUUUGUACUCGGGUACUGACCCAGAGAGGCCUUGCAAUUGUACUGGAGUACUGGCUCAGAGAGGCCUUAUCUUUGUACUCGAGUACUGACACAGAGAGGCCUUAUCUUUGUACUCGAGUACUGGUGCCUUGUCUUUGUACUCGAGCACUGACGCAGAGAGGCCUUGUCUUUGUACUCGAGUAUUGAGGCCUUGUCUUUGUACUCUAGUAUUGAGGCCUUGUCUUUGUACUCGAGUACUGACGCAGAGAGGCCUUGUCUUUGUACUCUAGUAUUGAGGCCUUGUCUUUGUACUCGAGUAUCGUCUUUGUAUUUGUCUGAACAUUUUUGCACAGAUGUUUAUUUUGUAUUUUUAAGUCAUUUAUUAAAUGAUGUUGUUUGGUUA